GGGGUUUUAGUUGAAGUUUCACUGCUCACGGGUUCUUGAGGCGCCAUGUAGGUGGUGGGAGAAUGGCGCUUCUAUUUGCGCUCAAUGGGCGAAAGAUCGAGCUCAGCGAUGUCGAUCCCAGCAUGACGCUGCUGGAAUUUCUAAGAUGCCACACCGAUCUCAAGGGCACCAAGCUCGGCUGUGGAGAAGGGGGGUGUGGAGCUUGCGUGGUGGUGGCUUCCCGCUACGAUGCCUCCACAGACAGCGUGGAGGAAGUUAGCAUAAACUCUUGCCUGGCUUUGCUGGGCUCUCUUCAUCUCCGCGCCGUGACGACGAUCGAGGGCCUGGGAAGCUCCAAAACUCGGCUCCACGCUGUCCAGCGAAGGUUUCUGGGAUUUCACGCGUCCCAGUGUGGGUUUUGCACGCCUGGUAUGUGCAUGUCGCUCUAUGGAGGCCUCAAGAACCAGCAAAGAAGGGUCUCUGUGGAUGGUGGAAAGUAUGAAAGUGGUGCUCUAGAGCAGUCGAUCCAGGGGAGUUUAUGCCGCUGCACGGGAUACAGGCCCAUAGUUGACGUGUGCAAGAGCUUUGGAAGCAGUGUAGACGUUGAAGAUCUCGGCCUGAACAUCUUCUGGAAGGACAGGAAGGAUGGUCGAAUGGAGCUUUUGCCGUGCUAUGAUCCGGGUGACGAUCCAAAGUUCCCAGAGUUUCUCAAGCAGGAGAUCAUUCAAAGGCAAUCCGCUAACGUUGUCCAAGAUUCUAAUGGCACUUCUGCUAUGAUCGAGCACGAGAAGUGGAUUUGCGCUACGAGCUUUGGACAUGCUUUUGGACUGCUCAAACACUUCCAAACGCGUUCCAAGACGAGCAAGGAGGUGAAGAUCGUGGUGGGAAACACCAGCGCUGGAGUGUACAGGGACUGGGAUCAUAGCGUCUUCAUCGAUAUCAGCAGGAUUCCGGAGCUCCAUGUCGUAGAAGCAAGGAGCGACGGCAUUGAGUUCGGUGCUGCAGUGAGCAUCGCAAAGCUCAUCGACUUUCUCGACGAAAACUUUAAGAAAGCUGGCAGUGCUAUUGCGAAACACUUGAGAAAGGUUGCUUCUCCACACGUUAGAAACGCGGGGAGUGUUGGUGGCAACUUGAUCAUGGCUCAGAAAUUUGGCUUCGAUUCGGACAUCGCGACGGUGUUUCUGGGAUUCGGUGCUACGUUGAAGCUGCUGGUUUCUCCGGAUAAGCAAGUCAUCCAGAGCAUGGAAGAGUUUUUAGAAGGUGGUGGCGGAGUGGAUGAUUAUCCAAGCUCGUUGCUGACAAUGAUCUUCUUACCACUAAGAUCACAUGAAGCGGCCGAGUUUAAGACGUACCGAGCAUCACCGAGACCUCUGGGAAAUGCAGUAGCGUAUGCAAACGCUGCGUUUGUCGUUCGCUUCUCUAAGCUUUCGUCGGGCUCUUCUGUCUACAAAGUUGAGAGUUCGAGGCUUGCAUUCGGGGCCAUUGGUGACAAGCACGCUAUUCGUGCUAUCCAAGUCGAAGAGUUUCUGAAAGGGAAGAUUAUCACGGCGGAAGUGCUGUUGGAAGCAAUCCAGAUGCUCAAGUCGCUGCUGACUCUAGAAACAAACUCAAGGAGGAAAUCGGCCUACCGAGCGGCUCUUGCUGUGAGUUUCUUCUUCAAGUUCUUCAAACGAAAACUUGGACAAGGUGGCCACCACAAACAAUCGAUCGCUCGAGAUGGUUCUGUUUGCCAGCAAAGCUUGAUUCGAGGCUGCCAGGAACUUCAUCAGCGAGACAAGAGACGCGCGCUUGGCCAGCCUUCCGAGAAAACCAUGGGAAACUUGCAAGUAUCAGGGGAAGCUGUUUACAUUGAUGACAUUGCUUCUCCGAGCAACACUCUCCACGCAGCAUUUGUUUGCAGCCAGAAAGCUUACGCGAAGAUCAAAGAUAUCAGCGUGGCUGCCGCAAUGGCGUCUCCCGGUGCCGUCUCGUUCAUGAGCGUCAAAGACAUACCAUCAGGUGGAGAAAACGUUGGAAUCAAGUCGGACCUCGCCAAUGAGAUACUCUUUGCCGAGGAGAUUGUUGAGUGCGUGGGACAGGCAAUAGGAAUCAUGAUUGCCGACACGCCUGCGAAUGCGAGAAGAGCUGCAAAACGAGUCCAAGUGACUUACGACACUGAAUCUGUGGGAGAGCCGCCAAUUCUCACAAUCGAAGACGCUGUGGCGAGAGGAUCCUUCUUCCAAAUCCCAGCGUGGUUCGAAAGCACACUGCAAAAGCAGCACGGUGACAUAUCCGAGGGCCUCGCAAGGGCCGAUCAUAUCAUCAAAGACGCGGAGGUGAGGAUGUCCAGCCAGUACUACUUUUACAUGGAAACCAACACAGCCUUGGUCGUCCCAGAGGAAGACAAUUGCCUGACAGUGUUCAGCGCUUGCCAAGCUCCGGAGCACGUCCAAGCGAGCGUCGCAGCCUGCGUUGGAAUUCCCAUGCACAACGUAAGAGUCAUCACCAAAAGAGUUGGAGGAGCUUUCGGGGGCAAAGCUUCAAAAGCUUGUCUGGUGGCCGCUGCCUGUGCUCUCGCGGCGUUUAAUCUCCAGCGCCCCGUUCGUCUGUGCCUGGAUCGAAGAACCGAUAUGGUGAUGAUGGGAGGGCGAGAGCCUUGCAAGGCCGUUUACACAGCCGGCUUCACUUCCGACGGGAGUGUCACAGCUCUCCAAGCAAAGCUCUUCAUCCAAGCCGGCUGGUCCAUGGACAUGUCGUGGCUCUUCACGGGAAACAUGCUCCACGCGCUCAAGAAGUUCAACUGGGGAGUUCUCGACGCCGAGUUCGUCAUCUGCAAGACCAACAUUCCCAGCCGGAGCGCCAUGCGAGCGCCCGGAGAUGGCCAGGGAUCGUUCGUCGCGGACACCAUCAUCCAGCACGUCGCCACCGAGCUCGGCCUCGACUUCCACAUCGUCAUGGAACGAAACCUUCACUCCCUCCACACGGCGGAGGCCUUCUACGGGCGGGACUUCAUAGGUGGCGGCGAAGGAUUCACGCUCCCGACGGUGCUCCGCAGGCUGAAAGAUCGAGCAAGCUUCGAGAGCCGGCUGGAGCUCACGAAAGGAUUCAACUCCGCCAACUUGUGGAAGAAACGGGGGCUGGAUCUCGUCCAGGGAACUUACUUGGUGUUCCUGGUCCCCAAGCCGGCGAGAGCGAGCGUGUUCCUGGAUGGAUCCGUGGUGGUGGAGGUGGGGGGAGUGGAGCUCGGCCAGGGACUGUGGACGAAAGUCCAGCAGGCAGCGGCAUUUGCACUGAGCGAGCUGUUCGGCGACAAAGAACAGGGAGUUCCAGUCUCCAAGAUCCGUGUCGUGCAAACGGACUCUAUCAGUAUGCCCAACGGGAGCUGGACUGCCGGGAGCACUGCGUCCGAGUCGAGCUGCGAGGCCGCGAGGAUGUGUUGCGAGGCGCUGGUGGAGAGACUAAAACCCGUGAAGGCGAGCUUGCAAGGGAGUGAAGGAGUUUCCUGGGAAUCCAUCGUGGCAGCUGCAAAGAUGGCGAAUGUAGAUCUGUCAGCGCAAGAGCUGUAUGUUGCUGCCCCGGAGGCUGCGGCCUAUGUUACGUUUGGAGCUGCUGCGAGCGAGGUGGAAGUCGAUGUUCUAACGGGAGAGGUGGAGAUCUUGAGGACGGAUAUGGUGUACGACUGCGGCAAGAGCAUGAAUCCAGCAGUAGACAUCGGACAAAUCGAAGGAGCUUUCGCGCAAGGCCUCGGGUAUUUUGUGAGCGAGGAGUGUGUCAUGGACGAGCAAGGCCGGCUCUUGACGGAUGGAACUUGGACGUACAAGCCCCCGACCGCGGAUAAUCUCCCCAAGAUCCUCAACAUCGAGCUCCUCAACAGUCCCGUCCACGAGAAGAGGAUACUCUCCUCCAAGACGGCGGGAGAGCCACCGUUUCUUCUGGCGGGAUCCGUUCACGCGGCGAUCCGGCACGCGGUUAUGUCCGCCCGGAUGGACGCUGGAAAGAAGGAGUUCUUCCAAAUGGAUGCCCCCGCGAGCAUCGAUCGGGUGAGAGCUUGGUGUGGCCUGGUCAACGUCGAGGACUACUUGGUUGCAAGACCAUCGACUGCCCAGUAGCUGCACUGCGAUGAUCUUUCUUUAGGCACGGAAAGUCGAGGAGUCUAGAGCUUGCUUUGAUGCUAUGCCGGCUAGUGACGUAGUUACGUGGAACGCUACGUUUUGCAGCUUAUGCCCAAAAAGGGGCAUCUUCUAAAGGUGGUAGAGGUGUUGGAAACAGUGCCGGUAUGGAGCUCGACUGGCUGAAAUUUUCUUCUCGCCGCUUGCACGCAAGAAUCGGAGUUUGAUCAACCGCACGAAUUACUACUCCAAGCUGUGGACCUUGUAGCCUGGGAUUCCAUGGUUGCUGUGAAUGCCUUUGUGGGGCAUCUGGAAGCGAGGUGUGCGAUUCCUCGAAAUAUAUCCAUUAUAUUUAUGAC